AUUUCCAUUAAUCAAACUUCAACCACAUACAUAACUGACCUUUUAUAAAAUAUCUCAUUGUGAGCAGCUAAAUUUCUUGAAAAUAAAAAAAAAAUCCCUACAAGCGUUCUGAGGCUGCUCUAUCUAAUUCAUAUAAAAUAUUUUCUAUUCUUGUUUUCUAAAUUGUCAACUUGAUGUUCCAUUUUGAAAUAAUAUUCCAGGGAAAUAAACACUAUUCCAAUGUCUAAUUACAUUUACUUUUGAUAGUCAAGUUCAAUUAUAAAUUUAAAAUGGAUUUGAACUGCCCCAAUUUGAGAGAAGAGAAGUCAUCUUUAUUUGGUAUCACACCUUUCAAAACAACUCUUGUCUGUUCUUCUUCUCCUCCAGUUCAGACUUUAGACAAGGAAGACAAAGUACCUCUGCCCCGUAGUGGCCAUCGGAUGGUUUGUGUUGACCGUAGACUCUUCAUCUUAGGAGGAUACAACCCUAACCUUGAAGACAAUUGUGACCCUUUCUGGCAGCUCACCAAACCACUAUUUGCAGAACUAUGGCGGUUCAACACAGUAACUGAUACAUGGACCAAGAUGUUCCAGUGCCACAUGGAAAAGUCUGAUGGACUCGUGUCCUUUGGCUGCGCUGUGAGCGGCUUCUCCAUGUUCCACCUGGGAGGGACUGGUGUGCCAUUUGGGGAAUCCUCCCAUAACUGUCUACGUGUUUGUGAUCUGCAAACCGGCGCAUGGGAGAAAGUGGAGACAGCUGGUGCAAGCCCUUUGUCAUGUUAUGGUCAGGCAGUGACGCUGGACGACAACGAGCUCUAUGUUGUAGGCGGCACCACAGGCUACGAGUACAACAUGGAUGUGCACAAGAUAAACGUUGUGGACCGAGUGUGGGAGCAACUCUACCAAACAUCAGCUGACCAUCACCUACCUAUGACCAGAUACCGCCACGAGAUUAUCCUGCACGGCGAAAACCUGCUGGUGUUUGGAGGAGGACAGAAGGAGGCCACGGCGCCCCUGGACCGCUUGCCUGCCUUCUCGUUGACGGCGCUGCGGUGGCACCAAGUAGUUGCCACCGAGCCCGACCCUGCCACCAACACCUACCCCCUGCCUCGCAAGUGUCACGUCACCGUGCAACAUGAGAACUAUGUUUACAUCCACGGCGGCUGCAACGAGCACAUCUCAUAUGGCGACAUGUGGCGACUUGACUUACGCACGCUGCUGUGGCAGGAGUUGCCACAUGCCGCAACAUCGCCGCGUCACUUCCAUGCCGCCUCACUCACACAAGAAGGCUGCCUAUACCUGCACGGAGGUGUCCUGGCGAACACAGAGUCCAGUGCAGAGCGUUCAGGCGACCUGCUCAAGUGCUGGCUGACGGUGCCGUCCCUGCACCGCAUGAGCUGGGACGCCCUGCGCCACUACUUCCCUCACAUCGUCCGCCUCACGCCCCUGCAGCUCUACCACCUCGGCGUACCCAACAUCGACAUCAGAGACAGCGACCUCGAGACACCACAGCCCGAGCAUCCCUGCAGUUCCUUGCAUCAGAAUGUGCUUGAAUUUAUGAGCAACAGAGAGCUUCUGGUUGAGGGAGGAAGAGAUGUGGAGCUGCGAAGACGGCUUGUUGUCAUGCGAAUAGAGAACGUUGACUUACGAGACGUAGGCAUACAAGCUGAGGAUGAAGACGAUCAUCUUAACUGGGAGUGACAAAUAUUAUUAGCAAUAUUGACUUUUAUUUUAUGAAGCCCUGUGCGAUCCGUGAAAGCCAGUCCAAUGUAGUGGGAAAUGUAAUAAUUUACAAAGAAUGCUCUAAAUAUUAUUAAUAGCUUGUUUUAACUUCUUCGUUCUUUGGUGCAGUCAAACACACCUGCUGCAUCUCAGUCAGAAUUAAGAGCAUGUCAAGCCUGUACAAUUAAAUCAAGCUUCCAUCAUUGUUACUGUUUCUAGGUUUCUUCAUAGUAUUCUACGGUUCGAGUCAGUAAAACAAUUGAAAGUUUUCUCUGGAACAAAAACAGCGCUGCUCGCACCAGACUUUGUUGGUCACAGCGUCAGUCUCUUUUGAGCUCACUGGAGCCUCGUUGAAGGAGACUGCGUCGUGGCGAUCUCUUCACGCUUCGUAGGUUGGUUGGCAUUUUUGGUUACGCGAUUAUUCAUGAUUAAAGCGCCUGAUGGUAUAAUAAUCUUGAGCUGGUAGAGGCUUAAAAUAUUGUAUCAAUCUCAAGCGCCUGAUGGUAUAAUAAUUUUGAGGAGCUGACUAUAUCGUAUCAAUCACAAACUCUGAACAGACUGUUGGAUUUUCGUUGAGAUUAUUUCUCAUUGGGUUAUUGAUUUGCUGCAAGAGUUUAACACGCUAUUAACUUCUAUGGAUGCUAAGCUAUACUUUACAAGCUCGGAACUACCGCUGCGAGAACAGGAACAUUUUGUUACAUUAACAGGAACCUAGAUGAAAAGCGACCAGCACAAAAAUAGUAUAAGUUAUAUAAGCACCAUGUUCUUUUCGUCGAAAUAUUAUCGCUGAAUAAUCUCAUUUCUGUGCAUGCGUUUUUAUUUUAAAUUCUAAUCAAUGUUUGAAAUAAAACGCACCUUAUAUUGCGAGUCUUGAUAUAAAUAAAUCACCUCGAGCUAUUAUUUGCUUGCUCAUGACUUGUGUUCUAUUCAAAUUUUUCGCUGCUCAUUCUACUAGCAGGAUUUUUGACAUUUUUCUUUGGUGUGCUUUUUAUCUUGUGAUAAUUUAUUAUGCAUGUUUAUAUUGUUCACGGAAGAAAAGUUACAUUCUUAAACGCGUUUUGAAGAGAAACCUCUACGUAUGAAUGAUAAUCACUUCGCUUUCUUUGAUGAAUAAAAAGCUUGUCUCGCUUCUGUUCUUUCUUUGAUGAACAAAAAGCUUGUCUCGCUUCUGUUCUGAAAAUAAAUUGCACUUUAGCACCAAAGCUGCUUGCUACAUCGACGUACAUGAGGACCUCGGUUUUUGUUCAGCCUCACACUGAGCUCUCGCGUUCAUCUGCAUUAACUAAUUCACGAUUCAACUUAUCCUGUCUUCUACGAUACCGUCAUAACUAGAAAUGGACCACCGUCUCGUGUUCACGACGAUGCUGUCAUAUUAUACUCUUAUCCAUAUUUAUUAUUAUUGUCUAACAUGGGAUCUGUAGAAAAGCCUUUGCAUUCUGAUAUAAGAUAAGUGUGUUGUUACCGCUGUGUGACGGGACCGUUUUCACUACUCAUAGUUCGGGUAAGAGUGUGUAUUCCUUUUAUUCUCAAACUACUUUUUAUUUUAGUUGACUUCGUGCUUCUUUAAAAGAAGAAUUGCAAAUCUUACCCCCAUCCAGUCAUGAACUCAAGUCGAGUUUACUGUUUUAGAAGAUGAGUUAAGUUCAUUAAGCACAUAAUAUAAUUUUAUCCUUUUAUCCAGGUAUCGUAUUCAGGUAUGCUGUUAAACGUCUUGUCUGGUUAAUGUGUAUAUAUGCUUUACUAGCAACUAUUUCGCUAGGACUAUACUGUCAGUGCAGGAGUUAAGCUGUGAUGGUAGUACUCGAUUAUGUUACCCAUAUGGGAUGUACAGUGAAUUUCUCUUAUGAGCUCAACUGCUUUCUCUGCAACGGCAAAAAGUAUAUUUUCCUCGCAGUCGCAUUUCUACAAGUACUAAUUUCUCUUCUGUUUGCUUCGCUCCUUGAGUCUCCUUAUGUCAGAGUUAGCCGCCUGGAUCUGGUUGACUGCACUUCUCUGUUAUGUGGUUAGUUGUUAUUUUUAUGGUUCGGGUCUUGUAGUCUGAUAUUCGAAACAUAUUUCGUUGAUCGUAAGCUCUUACCCCUCAAGGGGGGACCCUCUUACCCUCAAGGGACUCAAGAGCGCCUGUGUGCGUAGGAUUAUUUUAAAGACAGUGGCAUCCCGCCGCACACUUGCCCGUGGCAGAAUUUUUGUCAGUUUUGUUCGUUAAGUCAUUACUUAAUAAUGCUGGAUAUACUGUAUAAUGAUUAUUCUGUGCGCUGGAUCGAAGGAAUAAUUAAGCCUUAUUUGUAUGUAUUUCAAUAUUAUGUUCACUAUAUAUACGGGAAAUAGACGUGCAAUUUGAAAAACUUUUUCCGUUAUCA